AUGACGAAUGAAACUGGCCAACAACUACAAGAAGCCGGACCUAGUACACCAGUUCGGGUCUCCGGUUGGAAAGAAGACAUUCCGACUCCGGGCGAAGUGCUAUUGGAAGUGCCGUCGGUGGAUCGUGCCCAACGAGCUGUGAAAUUUCGUGCUGAAAAGGAAAUGGCGGAGAAAGCAGAAAAGGACUGGGAAGCGAUCGAAGAAAAGCGAAAGGAGGAACGUGAAAAGUAUUUGGAAAAUCGCCAAAAACUCUUGAAUAAGGUUUCUUUACUUAUUUUUCUCCGUUUUCUCAUCAUAAAGGUCAAAAAGGAUGAAGUCGUCAUCAAUCCUUUUGGAAACAACGUGCGUUAG